GAGUGAGUGAGUGGUGAUUCUAUAUAGCUCUAAGACAAUAAUAGCGAUCUGUUUUGUUUUUUUUGGUAAAUAACUGAGUGGUAAGUUUGAGUUACUUUCACCAACUGAAUUGAAUAAUAGAUAGUCCAUCAAUCUCAACCUCUCAACUACCAGUAGCAGAGGAUUCUCACUGUUAGUUGGAUAAAAGAGAAAGCCGUUUUUCUUGCUCACUCACUCUGUUGUUUCUCUGUGUCAUGAUUCUCUUUGUUUUGGUAUCUUUGAGCGCAGCUUCAUAAUAAUUCAUUAGAAAUGAAAGGUGGUGUCGUUCUAGUGGCUAUUGCGGCUUCCAUCGGUAAUUUUCUACAAGGAUGGGAUAACGCUACUAUUGCUGGUGCUAUUGUUUACAUUAAGAAAGACCUUGCUUUGGGAACAGAAAUGGAAGGACUUGUGGUGGCCAUGUCCCUCAUUGGAGCAACUGUAAUCACAACAUGCUCUGGUCCCAUAUCAGAUUGGCUUGGUCGGCGACCAAUGUUGAUAAUCUCAUCAGUGCUUUAUUUCUUGGGUGGUUUGGUCAUGUUGUGGUCUCCUAAUGUAUAUGUGUUAUGCAUAGGAAGGCUUCUUGAUGGAUUUGGGAUUGGCCUUGCUGUUACUCUUGUCCCAGUCUAUAUAUCUGAGACAGCCCCAUCUGAUAUAAGGGGAUCGUUGAAUACACUUCCGCAGUUCAGUGGUUCUGGAGGCAUGUUUUUAUCAUAUUGUAUGGUUUUUGGGAUGUCAUUGACUACCUCUCCUAGCUGGAAACUAAUGCUUGGGAUUCUCUCUAUUCCUUCUCUCAUCUAUUUUGUAUUAACAAUAUUUGUCUUGCCCGAGUCUCCUCGGUGGCUGGUGAGUAAAGGAAAGAUGCUCCAGGCAAAAAAGGUUCUCCAAAGAUUACGCGGCAUGGAAGAUGUGUCAGGCGAGAUGGCAUUGCUGGUUGAAGGUCUUGGUAUUGGAGGUGAUACAUCUAUAGAAGAGUACGUAAUAGGCCCUGCUGAUGAUGAGGUAGCUGAUGGUCAUGAACAAACAACAGAGAAAGAUAAAAUCAGAUUAUAUGGAUCCCAAGCAGGCCUCUCAUGGUUAGCAAAACCUGUCACUGGACAGAGUUCUAUAGGCCUUGUGUCACGUCAUGGAAGCAUUGUCAACCAAAGCAUGCCCCUCAUGGAUCCUCUUGUGACCCUCUUUGGUAGCGUUCAUGAGAAGCUCCCUGAUACAGGAAGCAUGCGAAGCACUCUAUUUCCAAAUUUUGGAAGUAUGUUCAGCACAGCUGAGCCUCAUGUUAAAAAUGAACAGUGGGAUGAAGAGAGCCUACAAAGAGAAGGUGAGGACUACACAUCAGAUGCUGGUGGUGGAGACUCUGAUGACAAUUUGCAUAGUCCUUUAAUCUCGCGUCAAACAACAAGCCUUGAAAAGGAUAUGCCUCCUCCUUCCCAUGGCAGUAUCCUUAGCAGCAUGAGGCGUCACAGUAGUCUCAUGCAAGGGUCAGGCGAGCAAGUUAGUAGUACAGGCGUUGGUGGUGGCUGGCAGCUGGCAUGGAAAUGGUCUGAUAAAGGUGAGGAAGGAAAAAAGGAAGGAGGGUUUAAAAGGAUUUAUUUGCAUGAAGGAGUUCAAGGAUCUCGACGUGGAUCCCUUGUAUCAAUCCCUGGUGAAGGUGAAUUUGUCCAGGCUGCUGCCUUGGUAAGCCAACCUGCUCUUUACUCUAAGGAUCUUAUUAAUGAACAACCAGUUGGGCCUGCAAUGGUUCACCCAUCUGAGACUGCUUCAAAGGGACCAAUUUGGAAAGCUCUUCUUGAACCUGGGGUUAAGCAUGCAUUGUUUGUUGGGAUUGGAAUACAAAUACUUCAGCAGUUUUCAGGGAUAAAUGGGGUUCUAUAUUACACACCUCAAAUCCUUGAAGAGGCUGGUGUUGGAGUUCUUCUUUCAGAUAUAGGCAUUGGCUCAGAGUCUGCAUCAUUCCUUAUCAGUGCUUUCACAACCUUAUUGAUGCUUCCCUGUAUAGGCUUAGCCAUGAGGCUCAUGGAUGUCGCAGGCAGAAGGCAGUUGCUACUUGUAACAAUUCCGGUGCUGAUAGUGUCACUGAUUAUUUUGGUCAUUGGAAACAUAGUAGAUUUUGGCACUGUUGUCCAUGCAGCAAUCUCAACUAUAUGCGUCGUGGUUUAUUUCUGCUGCUUUGUGUCAGCUUAUGGACCAAUUCCAAACAUCCUGUGUUCAGAGAUUUUUCCAACGAGGGUGCGUGGACUCUGCAUUGCUAUCUGUUCGUUAGUGUUCUGGAUUGGAGACAUCAUUGUGACAUACACGCUGCCUGUAAUGCUCAGUUCUUUUGGACUCGCUGGUGUCUUCGGCGUUUAUGCGGUUGUGUGUUUCAUCUCGUGGAUAUUUGUGUUUUUGAAGGUUCCAGAGACAAAGGGCAUGCCCCUUGAAGUCAUCACUGAAUUCUUUUCUGUUGGUGCAAGGCAGGCUACUUCUGCCAAGAAUGAAUGACUGAAAUCUUUAUAUACAUAUGUCGUUUUGGUUUCUAAAGCCACCAUCUCUAAUCUUUAUAGAUUUUGCUUGUCAUAAGUUUAUUUGGAGCAGGAUUUCUUCUGGUUCAAACAUAUGCUUGUAUUAUUCUUUAAUAUAAAAUUUUGCAUUUUAGAGUGGAAAUAGCUUUCAGGAUUAUCGA